AUGUCACAGGACGCGAUCAAUAACGGAAACGAGUCGACGUCGGAGGCGACGUGCGCGAUUUGCGGAGACAAAUCCACUGGAAAGCACUACGGAGCCAUUAGCUGCGAUGGGUGUAAAGGUGACCGUUUCCCUCACAUCAUCACUGCCCCGGCAUAUGCUUCAUUAAAUUUUGACAGAGUGUUUGUUGCUAAUUUCUUGAUUUAUUGCUUUUUAAACUGCACUGGCGGGAGCGCGAAGAUCUAUAACACGGAUAAAGUGCAAAGGGCUUCAGAAAUAAGAAUCUAGAACUUCUAUUUGAGUUCCUAUAAAUGAGUCAAAAGUGUCUCUGAAUUUUUUCGCUUCUUUUUUUUUCCUCAAAAAGGUCUUUUCUAGAAAAUUUUCAACAAUGGAGGUUUUUUUAGGUCCUUCUGGACUUGGCUCGUGAAAGAAUUCACCUUGAAAAUGCCUAUAAAAUAAGUCCGUUUUGCAAUAUAUCCUGAUCUCAUUUUGUAGCUUCCUAAUAAUAUUUUGGUAUAAUAAAUGAAUUGAAAGCCUGUAGGCCGAGGAUAAAAGAAGGCUUCGAAAUCGGAAAGAAAAACUUGAUAAAACCUUCCACAUUCGCCUUUCAGUGCCACUUAGUUAGGAUGAAAAAAGUUGCCCAUAAGCUGGAUAUAGACUCAAAAUCCAUUCGUAAAAGCAUGCUAAGUAAAAUAUACGGCCAACGUACAUUUCUUGAUACAAUUCUCUCUUGCUUGUCGCUUUUCUUUCAAAUCCAUUUAAUAUAUGAAGAUUUGGAGCGAUGAUUCAAAAAAAAAAUGAAAGAGAAGAUAGCCGCAGUUCUGAGAUGAUUAAAAUUGUUUGGAAAAAAAUUGUUCUCUUUUUGAAACAAUUCAUCUUUCAAUCAAGCUGUUAUUUUGUUUUCUUUUUAGUCAUAGAUUUAGUCGAUUGGGCGGUGAAAAAAAGAACUUUAAAACCUUUCAUUCUGAUAUUUUAUCAAUCGAUAAAACAUCAAAACUUUCAGCUUCCAAAGAAAGCGAAAAUUAUUGUGUGCUUGAAAGGAAGGAAAUAUUGCCGUCGCAUAUCAUUUUCUUACGGCCCAUUGCUCAUAAAAACGUGUUUUUGGUCAGAAAUCUUUUCGGCUAGUGAGUCAAGUCAUACAAAACGCUCACAUAAAGACGAAUUCGUCUGAAGUACGAGGCUUAAAUCAAAGGGCCGAGAUCAAAGUCGCUAAAACAAGCAAAAGGAAUGAAAACAGUUUCAGAACAAAAAAACUUGUCUUCAAGUGUUUACUCUGUUCGCGAAAUUUCAAAAGUCACAAAAACAGAAAAAUUCAAUUUUUCAAGUUCUUAUCAGGGGUUUUUUUGUUUAAAAAAAUAAAAAUUUGGAAAGAGUCCUGAGGGACAGCAAAAAUGGGAAAGAUCGAAGAUGCAGGUGCAAAUUGAAAUUCGAUCCAAAGAGCCUACUCCUUCAAGGUAUCGAAUUAUACGGCUAUAAAUAAUUUAAGAGGAUGUCCUCAGGAAACUGACCAAAGUGCUUCACAGAAAUUACACUCGAAUUUCGGAAUUUACCACAUUUUCAGGAUUUUUCCGACGAACGGUUCGCAAGAAACACAACUACAUGUGUCGGUUUGGUCAUGGCUGCACAGUGGAUAAAGGUUAGUAAAAAAAAACAAUUGAAACCGGAAAAAAAACUUUUCUGCAGCAACCAAAAAAAAAAUCUCCAAUUUUCUUCGGAUAUUUGCAUUUGAUACUGAUAAUUCAACUAAAAGCCUUUCUUUUCUAUGAUAAAAAAGAAUUUCCGCACGUUUUUGAAAAACUUUGUUGAAUUUCCACAGUUUAGACUGUUCAAAAAGCCUUUCCAAGAGAAGAAUCUUUCUCAAAUUGAAACUUCGCCAUAAAAAGCUUUUGAAAACCUCAGACAGAAAUUUCGAACAUACUAUAAAAAGGCGAAGAAAAAAUAUGAGGUUCCGAAUGAAAAAUAAACAAAAUCGUUCACAAAACAGGCGAGAAGCUUGUACUAAACGAACAAUCAAAAACUAAACCAACAUUCCGCACACUCCCCUGGCUAAUAGAAAAUCGCUGGUAAUAAUGCCAAAAGCCACGUUUUUGGCAAGAAAAAGAGGACCAGGAACAGAAAAAAAAAAUCGGAUGGAGACGCAGAAGCGUCUCGUGGGGCUUUUCGUUCCGUUUCCAUCGGCGCGACUCGAAAUUCUUCUAUGCAAGCAAAUAUCAUCACUUGCGCGAGCAUGUUGAACAUUCUUAUUAUGCCCCCGGCGAUGUUAGUUCAAGAAAUAUCAAGAAAAUCGAGUUGUCAAGAGCUUUGCCAAGUCUCAGGGAGAAAUUGCAAACACAAAACAGUGCAAAUGAAGGAGGAACGGCGGUUUUAUAUUUCACAAGAGUUCUGUGAUUAGAUGAGGCGUCGCAGCGGACGGUUCCCAUCUCAACCAGUUUCGGACCGCAUUAGAGCGCCAAUCUAGGGUGGAGUAAGGUCGAUCACCGCAAUUUGCGUGCGAACUUCAUAGCAACCAAAGCUAUUACGAUAUCCCACAGGAUUUCGAAGAAACAUCUUUAACUUUAUUCAACAAAAACACACGCAAAAAGUGAUCGGAAAAAAGAACCUCAAUUUCGCAAAGAAAUAUACAUUGGGAUUUAAUUACUGUCUGUGAGUUGAUCAUAUUAACUUGGGAAUUACAUUUGAGAGCUUAAAAUUCCAGCUCUUUAGAUUUUGCAUGCUACAGCAUGUUCAAAAAGCCUCCUGGGGGGUUUUUUUUAAGAAGCGCAGAGAAACUUAUAAACCCCUUGAAGCGAAUCUUACGUUAGCUUCAUCAGAGUCUUUUCAAUCUUCCGAAAACUCUGUGAUGCCUUUUAAACAUAAUGUAACAGCAAAAACAAGCAAGGAAUUAACAAAAAGAAAAAAAGAGGAAAAAGUGAGAUUUUGCGCGUUAACUCCGCUGUUUGGUUUCCUUACGGUGUAUGGACUACUUUUUCUACAGUACCUCGCAAAUGUUUUGCCAAAAUAAGAUUCGCCAUUCGCAUUCGUCAAGCAUCCUCCUAAUGGAAGAGUGUACUAAUAAAAACACUCGAUGCGUGACCCCGCCUAAGCAAUUCCACGAGACCCUUAACGCGCAAGAUGAAUUGGUGGCAAAUUCGCAGUUGAUUCAAGUAAACAAAUUUUGCAAUUUUUCAAAGAAUAAUUUUUUGAUUUCAGCUCAAAGGAACACCUGUAGGAAGUGUCGGUACGAUCUUUGCCUACGGAAAGGGAUGCGGCGAGAGGCGGUCCAGAUGGAGCGCGACAGGUAUGCCGAGAGAAGUGGCCACUAUCGUGACAGCCAUCUCGAAAGUCGCAAGAUUGGAAAUUAAUGAGGAUAUGAGGAAUUCUGUCCGACUUCGUAUGGCUUUCUUUGAAGUUCUAUCGCACACAAAGGCCAUUUCUGUGGCCUAGAUGAAAAAAAUAUUUAGAAAUCCUUUACUCUUUUAAUAUUUGGCUAGUAUCUGAAACUAUUUAAAACCAGAGCAGCACAGCUUUUUAAAGCAAUCUUGAAUAUUUCGUUUUGUUCAAAAAUUAUAUAAUGGCUAUAUUUUUUUAAGACUUUUUAAAUUUAAUUUCUUGUAUUUAACUGCGAGCUCAAUAUUUUUCCAGAAUACGGAUUCACCCAGUGUGUACAGUAGUCAAUGAUCCUCUUCUCGACCAACUUCUGAACGUAGAGGCGACGAUGCGACAGCUUCGUUGUACUGUAAUCACCAAAACUUCGGACGCUAGGAGACAGGCAACCACUUGUGACGUCACUGAUAGGUGAUUAGAAUAAUUUACGUAUUCAUACUAUCUAAAUUUAAAUUCAGUAUGAACCAGCAACUUAUCUUGAUGGUUGAGUGGGCGAAAAGCCUGGAACAGUUCCAAAAACUCUCCAUGAACGCUCAAAUCGCCUUGCUCAGGUUUUAUCCGCAAAAUAAGUCAUCGAUUAAUUUAUUUUUUGAAAUCUCUUCAGACAUUUUUCGGCUCAGCACCUGGUGAUGUGCGCCGCUUUCCGAAGUAUUCACUUAAAUGACGCCGUCUGGUUGACCAAUGACUCAUGUCUUCACAAAGGACAGUCCCAAAGUUCCUGAUGUAAAGUGAGUUCUUGGUAAUAUUCACGGCUGGCUUGGGCCAUCCAAAAAUGGUCCUGGCAUAAUAAAGGCACGACUAGCAUGAGCCCAUCUUUUUCCGUAUAGGAGGUUUUCAAAAACGGGGAAGUUGCAGUCGUGUGGCGGCGCGGAUCGUCGACCAUCUGACGACGCCGAUGCGACGGCUCCACAUGAACGAGAUCGAGUACGUGGCCCUGAAGGCGAUCGCCUUCUUCGACCCUCGUACGUUUUAAUCCGAUUUGCUGCGGCUCCCGCUGACCAUUCAACAACUGGAGUUUUGCAGUGGCGAAAGGGGCCGACGAGUCUGCCGACCAGAUCGAGGAAACUCGUCAAAAGGUUUGUCUUGACAAAGAGUUUCAGUUUGUGUCUGGUUUCUGUGUUGAUUCAUUUUCUCAGCUCAUAUCAGGACUUCUAAAUGAGAAAAGGGUCAUUAAAUGAGAUUUUUUGAAUUAAUAUAAGGCUAAGAAAUUGCCUGAAAUAUGUGCGAAAAAGUUAUAGCUGCUUCAAGUUCAAAGAAAUAUGCACAAAAUUUGUAAGAAAACUGACAAUUGUUUUAUUUUGAACUAAGUUUUGAGAAUUUUUCGAGUUUUCGAAAAAAUUUUGGCUUUUGUUCCUUUUUUCUGAGUCUAAUUUUCAAGUUGAGAGCAUUUCCAAUUUUAGAGGAAGGUUAUUUUUCAAUGACGGAAAAAAAACAUUUUCAAGACAUCUUUUUUUGAAAUGAUCAUGAAAUUCACAAUAUUAGUAUGACUGAAUUUUUCCCAUUCAAAAAAUUUUCAAAAACUACAAAUCUCGGGAAAAACAAAUUAAAAUCCCCAAGAAGUCAAAAUCCUUCCAGCGAACUUGUCAAUAUCAAAACAGACAACCACAAACGCAUCUCAUUUUUUUUCCAUUCUGACUUGUCAAUUCGAAUUAGCUCCAAACGUCCUGAAGUCUUCUGGAAUAAAAUUUUGAGGAUUUCUUGCGUUUAAAAAAGCGAUGAAGGGGUCGAGUUUGGUUUCUAUAUGAAGUUUUUCACACUGACUCUGAUGCUGUGCUUGAAACCUAUUAAGGAGGAUUUUAAAAAAUUAUCGCCCAAAUUUGAAAAUAUUUCAAUCUCCUUGGAGAUUUUACUCACUUUUUUAUAUCAGCUUGAAAACUGUAAUCAGGAAAAUUGACAAAAGUUUGACAUGUUUUAAAUAUUUUAUCCGUUCCCGGGCCGGCCCGAAGCGGGCUUUGCUUUGGUCCUUACUUUUUGCGACAAAGAGCAAAAUGGAAAAUUAUCCCUUUUCAAAAUUUCCUCUUCCUUCUUGUUUUAAGUGAACCAAAAAUGUAAUUUCUUUCGUGAAGAAGUCUGAUAUUUGACUAGGAGAAAAUUUGCGUUUUUUGAGCCGAACCGGGCGGCCGAUAGAGUGACGGGCCAACCCGUUUAAAACCUGAUUUUCAAAGACCAUUUCCAGGUUCUCGACUCAUUCGAAAAGCACGUCCGGACGGUGUCUCCACUGCGAGAGAUGCCCCGUCGAUUCCCCAACCUUCUGCUGCUCCUGCCGCCGAUGUUGGCCAUCGCCCGGGACCUCAUCGAAGACGUCCAGCUCGCCAAGUUGUUCGGCCUCGCUUCCAUCGACAGGCUCAUGCAGGAGCUCAUGCUCCCGCCCGACAGCACCACCAUGGACAAGAACUCUUGA